AAAAAGAAGCACAACUCGAGAAAACAGUAAGGAAAUUGCCAAUACUGCAUAAUUUACUCGCCUUGCAGUCGCUAGCGCAUUUACCUCUCAGGUAUGUAGAUAACCUGCAGGUGGAGUUAAAGAAUCUCUGGGUGGAGUUUAUCCGUUGCUGCUGUCACAUUUUUCACACUGAACUUUGAAGCCGAAACUCGGGCGAGUUGGAUAGGCUAUAGAUUCAGCAUGGCCACCGAUUUUACCCAAGAGUCGCUAUUAGGAUUUUUACGCUCUAAUGGGGGAAGAGUGCGAAAUGCGGAGUUGUUGGGUCAUUUCAAGUACUUUUUGAAAGAGGAUGAGGACCGUGUACAAAACAGGGAACAAUUUAAAACGUUUGUGAAUGCCGUGGCAGUGGUGAAGCAUGAGGAUGGAGUCAGCUACGUCGUGUUGAGGAAGAAAUUCAUACUGCCAGUCGGAGACAUUGGCAGCGUUCACAUACCAAAACGCCAAGACGAGAAACUUGAGAAUUCGAGGUCGAGGCACCGAGAGCGUUCACCAAGAAGGGCAACCAACCGAAGCCGGGAGAGAAGGGUGCCUGGUGAGACGAACUCAAAACUGAAAACAAACAAGGCAGCGCAAGUUCCAACAUCAGUCGCUUCUGAGAGCAGCUUGGAAAUUUUACCUGCAGCAGGUAUUAUAAUCAACAACAAUAAUAAUGCAGAAACGGUAAAUUUCGAAAAAACUGUCAAAAUGUCUCCUCCACAAACGUGGGAAGCUAGCCCGACAUCAAUUAUUAUAACAGAAGGUAAUUAUGCCAACCGCACUUUGAAACCAUUGCUAACACCCCCUUUCAGCUCUGAAUCCAAACGUUCUAGUGGGAGCGGUCAGAGCUUUGAACAGGCCUGGGACAAAGAGCCCGUGAAGACAAAUUUGAAGCACAAUAGUGUUGACAUUAGCAAUCUAGGACAGGCAAGAGAAGCUGAUGGCUGCAGCACAACAUUCUGUUCACCUCCUAGUUCUAUCCACUCUGACUUGAAAACAUUUUCACUGGAGGAACUGAGACAAAGCCCUGAACUGCAGCAGCUUCAACAGGGCUCCCGAUGCAGAAAUCUGGGGAUUCAGCCCGCACCCUGGCCUCUGCACCCAUCCCUUUGCAACACUCUUGGGAUUUACAGCUCUUCCCCUUGUAUUGCUGACAUUGAAUCACCACCAUUUACCAAAGCAGGUCAUCAGAUGAGCUCCAGCAACGACUGUCUAGUGAGACCAAAGAGGGAGUCCUUGGACCAUUUGCAUAGGGAGUCGGUCCACAUUCGGGCUGCAGCUGCAGUGAACUCUCCUCUCCAGCGCCGUAGUCUCCCCCUGGACCCCUCUUACAUGCCAGAUGCUGCUGCUGCUGCUGCUGCUUCCCCAGAGCACUUCUACCACACUCCUCUGUCCUCCACUCAUGAAUGUCUGCCUGGGUCAGACUGCGAAUGGCCAUUUCCACUGACCCAAGAGGUGUGGAGCAGCGAGGACAGUCUGAACCAGAGGGCGAUGGAGGUUGCGCCGGGCGAUCAGCUGCGGGAGACGCUGCAGCGUGCUCAUGAGGCGAAGCUGUUGUCACUGCUACACCGGCCAGUGCAAACACAGGUCCCUGGCUACCACCGAUCCACGGGCUACCUGGAGCAGGAGUCGCCCUGCAGUCGAGCUGGCGCCCCCGUGCCAGAGCGCCUCCUGAGGCUUUCGCCCCGCCAAGCUGGCCAGCGCCUCCGUAGCCGCAUCAGCCGUAGCCUCGGGGCGGACCUGGACCAGCCCUUCCCUGAGGACCACGAGGCGGCGAGGCAGAGCCGCUUGCUGCUUCUCUCCUCCUCCCUCAGCAUCAACUACCCGCUGACCACCACCUCUGAGAGGUCGCCCAGCAGCAGGGACCUCUCCCUCUCUGGGGCCUCCAGCACGGCCAGCCUCUCCGCCUGCCACCACGACCGGGCCUUCGUCCACAGAAGCUCCCCGGUCCCUCUGGAGUCCAAAGAGCACGAGUGGAUGGUGAAGGCGGCCUCUGGGGACUGGCCUGUCAUCUACUCGCUCUUUCGGGAGGACGGCAGCCUCCUGUCCAAGAGGGACUUCAUCUCCGGCUACACCGUGCUGCACUGGAUCGCUAAGCACGGGGACCACCGGGUGCUGAACACCUUGUGGUACGGUGUCAACAAGGCGGGGAUGACGCUGGAUGUUGAUGGCAGGACCACCUGUGGGUACACCCCGCUGCACCUGGGCGCCAUGUACGGCCACAAGAAGCUCAUCCGCCUGCUGGUGCUCAAGUUCAAGGCCAAUGUGAGGCUACGGGACACCAGCGGCCGCAGGGCCUGGCAGUACUUGGGCAACGACACGACCAAUGAGGUCCGGGAGCUGCUGGGGGCUCCUCAGAAAAAUCGCAGCGGUGCGGGCCCGCCACAGACUCACGUGGACAAGCCCUCCGAGCGGCCGGACACUAUAUCCGCCACGGUGAAAAGGCACUCGUCCUUAGCAGCUUUGUUCAAGCACAAGUCACUGGGCAGAAUCUCAGGGCACACAGAGAUGUCUGUUUGAGCCAGAGAUGCCAAUGACAGCCUCCUUUAUUCUUGUGGAGAAACUCCCUGGCCUGUCACUGCACCAUCCCCAUGCCCAGAUUAUCCCUACCUCUUCUGACCUUAUGGAAUUGUAAAUCUGUGUUUAUUUGUCAUUAGAAAUGUUUCACAUGACAUUCUUUAAGGUGAAAUAUGUAUAGUUUUUGUAUAAUCUUUUGUCAUUUUGUUCCAUGGAUUUACCAGGGAUUCUAGAUCAUGUGUUUGUUUAAUGCAGUUUUCUAGCAGGUUAAUUUCAGGGAAGCAGCUUUCAGGAGAAAAGCCAGAAGUGAGAUUUAAGGCCUGCACAUGUAAAUGCUUCAUGUUUUUCUAAUGUGUUAGCUUUGGUUGCUGAAUCAGCCUUUCAGCACCAGAACAAGAGAGGCCCAUUGGCCACUCACAGUGGAGCACUCAAGCUUUGAACUCUUUUUCUACUGGACGCGGGUCUCUUGGCAGCCAGAGCGGGUUCCUACUUUUGUGACACUGGAGCCCUUGCUGUGAGGAAUCCGUUCAAGGGUUUUGGAGCGUGAAUGUUCAAAAGCGGCGGCUAAAGUAUCCCUAAUCAUGUUUCAGAGGAGUCCAUGGUCACAAAGCACAAACGAGUUUGGGUGAUUGUUUUACUUGGCACUUAAAGUUUCCAUCUCAUUUUACAAUGAUUUGUUUUACAUCAGGGUAAAUGCAAUUCUGGAAUAGUGUACAUAUAGUUUCACGGGAGUGAGUGAUACUUCUGCAUGUCUGCACAGUACUUAUUGUCUGCUUGAUCUGCACUCAAAGAUGAGUACCCAAAGGGUUUUGUUUUCACUGGAAUGUAUAUUUACUGAUUGUCACUCUUUUAAAGCUCAUUUGCAGUGUUGAUUAGUUCAUUAUGGUGGUGUUUUUUUACAUGGAUGAAAUUAGCAUUUGAUAUUCCAAAUAGAGUGUCCAAAUAGUCUGUAUGUGUGUGUUGAGGCCAGUCUUGCUCACCCUAUUCAGUUUAAUGUUUAACUUGGCCUGUCCCCUGCAAUAACCUCACAGGGCGUCAGACAUCGAAUCGGAGUUUCUGUUGGAGUGCAUUGUUGGGGAACAGAGGUAUGUGGAGCUCCUUGAGUAUUGGCGUGUUGCCAGGCAGUGGGGUGACGGGGCCAGGCCGCCAGAGAAAAGCAUCUUUGUCUUGCACCCCACCACGGCCUUAUGCUGGACUUGAUGAGACAUGCCGAGGCAGUUGGGCUCUCUGUUUCACUGUCGUGUUGUUGCUGCCACCGCUCCAAGUCGAGAAAGAGAAGUACAGUGUCAGAUAAACAGGCAGGGAGAAAAACAGUGUGUGUGUGUGUGUGUACGUACGGGUGAAUCUUGGAAGGAAAUACACAUUAGUAGAAUUUGGGGUGGCAUGCACAAACGCAAAAGUCUCGCCAGAGAAGGUUGUCCUCAAGGCUGUUGCUGUCCUGCCCCUUGAACUUAUGUUUGUGUUUUAUUGCAUGGGCAUUUGAUCUAGAAACAUUCCCAGGCAUGUUCAUACUUGUCCUUGGUUGUUAAUGUUUGAAAGAGGGAGUGAGUGUAUGUGUGUUUACCAGGCCAAUAUUUAUUGUGUUAUGUAAUGAUGUAUUCAUUUUUCAUUUACAUGAUGUAAUGUGUAAAGUGUAUACACUGUACUUCAUCCCAGUUCUUCUCAAAAAUAAAACUUCAACACAAA